AAUAUAUAUGUUGCAAAAGAAAGCUAUUAGGAUUGUUAAAAGGGUUGAUUAUUACGAACCAACAAAUAAAUUGUUUAUUAAUUUACAUGUAUUAAAAUUUGUAGAUUUAGUUGAAUUAUAUACUUUACAGUUAAUGUACAAAGUUUAUAAUAAUUUACUUCCAAAUUGUAUUCAGAGGCUGUUCAAAAUAAGAGAAAGUCAGUAUAAUUUAAGAAGAUUGUAUGUGUUUAAGAAAGUAAGGGCAAGAACUAAUGCAAAAAAUAGGUGCUUAUCUGUUAUAGGGGUACAUUUAUGGAAUAAAUAUGAUAAGGAACUAAUAGUAUGUAAGUCACUUUGUCAAUUUGAGAAAAUUUAUAAAAAUAAGGUGAUAAAUAAUUAUAUGACUCAGUAUUAACAAAUUGUGGUUGUAUUGUUAAAGAAUCGAAGUAAUAGUUGGAGUGUGUAUUUUUGUUAUGUUUGUUGUGAAUUAUGUUUGUACAUUUUGGGAAAUGUUUUUGUAAUAUUGUUUACUUUGUAUUAUUUAACUUAGUGAAAAGUGUCGCCCAUUCAGUUAACUAUGUAUAAAGGGUAGGCAUAAUAAGCAAGGCUUCUACACCUUUUUCGGUAACUAUGUAUUUUUAUUUACUUUGUGAAAAGCUGUCUGUGAGGACCGGAAUAAAAUUAUUAUUGAUAUUGAUUGAUUGAUAUGCAAGGUUAGUGACAAUGAUCAUCUUAUUUGGUGUAGUUUUAUUAAUUUUUUAUUGCUGUUAUUAGUUUUGUCCUGUUUUACGUUUAUACCCAGAAUUUUCAUUCACUGACACUUAAAACACUUGCAGUACAGACUGUGUGUAAUAUUAAUGAAUGUCCCUGUGAAUAAUGUUCCACUCCACUUUUAUAGUCCAGUGAUACACUGGAAGACAUACAAUUCUUUGGAGUUAUCUGAAGUGGUGUUAACCGAAAUAAAAUUAAAAACUAAUUUGAUGGAUUGUUUCCUGUUGACAUGCAUUGCACAGGAUUUGCCAGAUUCAGCCGUUUAUUAAGAUGUCAGUUUCAUUUAUCAAGUUAAUCUGACUCACAUCAGUAAAGAAGAUAAAUACCGUAGUUUUCAUUGCCGUAGCUGAACUCAUGAACUCUCAGAAGAAAUAACAAGCAGGAGACAUAUGCUUCCAUAGGGACACAGAUAAACUCUUGGCAUCUGUUAUGUAAAUCACUGCAGGAAUGUAAGGAAGCAGGAAACUGUGUUUCUUCUGUGAAGUCUUCUAAUUUGUGGACCUUCAAAGCAGCCCAACCUCAUUAUUCAAAAAGUCUGUUUUACAUGUGUUACUUUCAAUGAAUUUAUACUGACAGUCUUAAAAAGCUUCAACUUGUUUUGUUUUAUUGCAGAACAAGAACACUUGCAGAGAACGCUACUGAAGGCCUUAAUUUCCAAUCCUCUCCUCUUCUAGUGUAUAAUGAAUACGUGCUUCUACUCUGGUAUUUAUGAUACAAGCAGUGUCUGUGUUUGGUAUCUGAGAGGUCACUGAGUUCAUCUCACCCAGGAAUGCAGUAACAGCGUUCCACACUAUUAACUCUAAUCUGCAUUAGCCUAUAUAGACUAUUGAAGUUUAUGAAAACUCAACAGGAUUACAUCAAAAUUACAUCAAGUCAGGGUUGAUUAUUCCAUAUUUUGUCUUUGAAACACAAAUAGUUCUUUAUCUAUUUUUUAAAAAACCUUCACUGGACACAGAUGAGCAAUACAAAAACGUCCCAAGGCUGUUCAUAACAUCAAUCAGAUCAAAUGACCAGAACUAACUGUUGUGUGGCUGAAUGGUUUUGUUUAGCCAAGAACAAAAAACAAGGACCUCUCCAAAGUAGCUGGCAACUAGGCUAUUCUUAAAGGCAGGAGGGGGCAGCACUGUCUAUUUUUGGUCAUGCUAUCUAGCAGUAGAUAAAGAAGAAGAAGCAUGCACGAGAAAGUUUUAAAAGGACUCGAAGAUGUUCAGUUCAUUGGAACAGUGAGUGAAUGUUGCUUCUUUGCAACCAUUCAGAGGUGGACUUGCUGGUGUGUUUUGGAUCAUUGUCCUGCUGCAAAACCCAAGUGCGCUUGAGCUUGAGGUCACGAACAGAUGGCCGGACAUUCUCCUUCAGGAUUUUCUGAUAGAGUGCAUAAUUCAAGGUUCCAUCAAUUAUGUUGAUGGACUGGCAUCCUGACUGUAUCGACAUGAAGCCUGUGAUCAAAAAGUAUUUUCCUGGAGAUCCGAGGUCUGGAUCGAAUAAGAAGGGUGUUGAAACUUUGGUGCUGAGCAAAAUGGAGGAAUCAGGUGUGCUCUUUUGCCAACGGCUGAAAUAUACAGAAAAAAGUACUCCGGUGCCAGAUGAAAGUCCUUUGGAUAUUAAAACAAAAGCCGAAACUUUCAUAUCCCAGCCGUUAAACUACAUUAAGACUUCUGUUAAAAAAGUCAGCAGUGAGACUCCUGUUAAAAAAUACAUCUGUAAGCUGUGUGGCAUGGAGUAUCGCCAGAACAUAAGCCUGGUGCGUCACAUGCGAAUACACACCGGUGAGGCACCACAUGUCUGUGAACUCUGUGGAAGGGGUUUCCGUCGUAAAGACUGGCUUCAGCUGCACAGCAGUGUUCACACGGGUAACAAACGAAAGCCUGCGAAGAGCUUCAGUUGCGACAAGUGUGGGAAGAAGUUUACUGGCUCCACUGCACUCCAGAGUCAUCUGUACAAACACAGAGGAGAGAGGCCAUUCGCCUGCGCGUACUGCGACAAGACCUUCUACAGUCAGACCAAUCUUAAACGGCAUCAAGUCGAUUCUCAUUCUGACGACAAACCGUUCUCUUGCCCAGUGUGUGGAAGCAGAUUCUCACGCCUUUUUUCGCUGCAGAAACACACGCAGACUCACACAAGAGAAAGACCUUUCUCCUGUCCAGACUGUGGAAAGACUUUCAGUAAUAAAUACUCCAUUAAUAUGCAUCGUAAACGGCACUCAGCUAAAAGUUGACGUAAUGCA